GUUCUUCAUCAUGAGCACCGACGAAACGACAAUAGUAGUGGCAAAAUCAAAGCCAGUAAAAAAGCUCAAGCCUGCGCGGAAGCAAGAGACCCCUCAGACGGGGAAGGAAUAUAAUAUCUGGUACAACAAAUGGGCUGGAGGUGACCGGGAAGACAACUACUCCAACAAAGUAAAAUCGCAAACUCGGUGCAACAUCAAGAAGGACUCAGGCCUGACUCGAGCCAACACGACUGGUAUUCGUUAUUGUUUCUGUUCUUUGCUCUGCGACUACCUUCACACUCUUCCCGACCCUGAUAACGCAUUACCUGAUUCGAGUAAAGAUUGUUUUGCUCGAGACAAAUUCUCGGACUACAGAGAUGACAUGGGUGGUGUUGGUAGUUUCAACCGACAAAAUCGAACGCUAUACGUCGGUCGAAUCAAGGAGACCGGUCCAGGUCCGGAGACAGAAGAUAUUGUUACAAGACACUUCAAAGAGUGGGGCGAAAUUGAACGCAUCCGCGUGCUACAGUACCGUAGCGUCGCGUUCGUGACUUAUAGGCCAUGGCGUGCCAACCUUGACAAUGAUGAAAUCUUGAACGUUCGAUGGGCCACCGAGGAUCCCAAUCCGGUGCAGAAGGUGGCGGAAAAGCGGCGGCUGGAGGAGAUCGGGCAGGAAGCUAUCAAGGCGCGGAUGGACCCUCGUAUUGUUGAUGCCAUGGGCCUGGACGACGAAGGAGAAGUGGUGGAGGACCAGGAAUCUGGCGAGACUGGCGACCCAAAGCCAAAACGGCGGCGGAUUGAGCUGCCACCGCCACAAGAAGCGACGUCAGAGCCACCACCUCAGCCCCUUGGUCUGUCUGCCGAUACAAUGGAAGGUCUCAAGUACUUCGCCGAAAUAAGGAGGCGGAACGGCGUCUCGUUAGCUGUCGUAAGUCCAAAGACAAUACCUCCGAAACCAUUGAUUUCAGGGCUGGGAGUGGCGGACUACGGGAGUGACGAGGAAGAUUGAGAGUUUGUUCAGUUUUCGUUUGUACCAAUCGGUAACUAGACUGAUUUCCGGACCUGGCCAACUGUCCUCAAUCCAGUCAUUUCCACACGCUAGAACCGCAUCAGGAUCUUCUAACUGAUAGCCCUCGAGCGUGAUGAGCGCUCCGACGACUACCCAUCUCUGCCUAAAUAUGUAAUUUGUAACUACCAUUGGGACUACCAUGGGAUAAGAGCCUUCCUCUGCUCCAUUAGUCGGCACACUAGAAAGUGCAAAGACGUUAUUUGGACGUUAUGCAAAUUAGUGGAACCCCAUAUAAACCCGUGUGCAUAGACUCGCAUUGUCCCCGAUCACUGCAUGAGAUGAAGUCAUUCGCAAAGCA